GCAUCUGCAGCAGUAGCCCAAAAAAGAAGGCAGCUUUUCUUUCUCUUUCUAUUUGAAAUACCUUAAAACAACAACAGACUCUCUGUUUUUUGACAAAUAAAAUUAACCAAUCUCAUCUAUAAUAUAACUCCAGUCAUUUUCACUCUAUUCCAACCCAUUCCUUCACUUUCCUUUCUUUAGAUUUUGUUAGAGAUGGGCAGAGAUUGGAAGUACUAUUGGGGAGGAGGAGGAGCAGGAGGAAGGGGGACCGGAAAAACAAUCAGAUCAAACAAUAACCACGAUGUCGACUCCUCCGCCGCCGCCCCCGCCGCCACAAGUGGCUGCUGUAUAACUGCCGUCUUUCAACUCUUCGAUUUUCAGUCUUCUUUGUGCCACCAACUUCCCUCUUUCCAGCUUCCUCAACAACCAUCCACCAUUAUCAAAGGAGCGGAGGCACCCAGAAACAGCUUGGAGAUAGAACCGCCCAUGGAAGCCUUUUCAUCCGCCAUGAAACAUGCACAAGCCUUAAAUAUUCCUGUGGGUAUUCAAAUUAAAACUGGAUCGUCUUCAAGAACAGAAGACUUAUUAUCAGAAUGCAGUAGCAGCUCCCCUGGACUCAAAACCCCAAAUCUUGUAGCUAGACUUAUGGGUCUUGAUCUUCUACCUGAUCAAACCAUCCCUCUUUCUUCUUCUUCUUCUUCUUCCAUUAAGUCCCGCAAUUAUCAUCUUCACCGAGAUUCAAAACCCCGAACGAACAAUAACUUCGUUUUAGACAUAGAUUUGAUGGGUUCGCGGUCAUUACCGGAGACACCGAGAAUAUCAUCGGAGAGAAGGUCGAACCUAGACUAUCAUCGGCUUUCGCUUCAAAUCAACAGAGAGAAUACAGUCAGUGGCCAAUUUGAGCUGUCAAGAAACAGUACAGGAAGGAGAGAUGUUAAAGUGUUAGACGAGGAGAACAGAAGCCCUGGAUUCUACGCCAGACAGAUUGUUAAAAAGGUCAAGGACAAUAUUAGCAGGAAAGUUGGUUCAGACAUAACCAAUACCGUUAUGAACAAAACACAGUCUGAAUCUGAUCACCAGAAACAAAGAAUCAACGAUGACGACGAUCAAAUCGUCUUUUCCAAAUCCAAUAAACAGGGGACAAGAACCGAUGAACCCGCAUCUUCUUGUUCCCCGAGGCUCCGGUUCUUGGAUCUCAAAAACAGAGGAUUAAGCAGCCCAGGGAGGGUCGAUAAUCCUAAACCGAGUCCUCAGUUUAGGAUUAAGAAGGAGAUAAGACGCGAUCAAGUUCUUUGUAUCAACAGUCCUAAUAAACAAUCCUCUAAUACAAUCAAGAACAAGAAGGAGGAAACCUUCUUCCAGUCGAAAGCAAGAAGGAAGAAAGAGAAAGGUCCCGUUUUCAAGAAAUCCAAGAAAACUCCAUUAUCGAGCGAGCUUCUGAGUAACAGCAAUGUCCCAAACGUCUUUUACGUCAAGAAAAACCCACCAGCGUCGUCUCCGUUAACAAAGUUCACUGAUCAAAAGCAGAAAUAUGACGAUAACCACUCGUCGGAGAGGAGAACCGAAGCCAAAACGUCGACGGUUUUGAAGACCGUCACCGUGGCUAAACGAUCCACGGAGGGGAUCAACGUGACACCAUUAUAUGACUCGGUAGACAAAACCGUCUUUAACCGGCUUGAGCCGGAGCUCAUGUCUUAUGAAUCUUCUCUCAGCUUAUUCGAUGGAAAUGCUUCUGUACCAAACAUGAGCCUCCGCUGCAACCGGUUACUGAUAUUCGAUUUGGUCAACGAGUUUCUAGAAAUGGAGUUUUCGAGAAAGGAGUUGGGCUUAGGCAACAGAAUGCUCAAGGGACCGGAUUUGGUUCGGACAGUCUGCCACAAGAUUCAGAAUUUACCGGCGUCGGAUUGCAGAGUGCUGGAAGACAUCGACGGGAUAAUAGAAAAUGAUUUACGGGGAAUUGGGAAAAAGUUGGUGAUGAUCGGAGAAGAUGAAAAGGAAGCGAUUAUGGAGAAAAUUGAACGGGAACUCAUGGAUAAGCUGGUAGAGGAAACGACGUCGUUAUUGUAUCAUGGGUAGUAAGUAGACUAGAGAUUGACAAAAUAACCCGGUAUAUUUUUAUGAACCGGCCCGAUGGUUCUUAUAAAAUGUCCACCUUUUAUGAAUUUGAGUAAAACUGAAUUCGGAAUGAGAUGCACCAUA